AUGACCGUACCGCAAAGCUGCACUGUGCUGGUUAUCGGAGGAGGACCCGCCGGUUCAUAUGCAGCAGCAGCUUUGGCUCGCGAGGGGAUCGAUACAGUCCUACUGGAGGCAGACAAAUUCCCCAGGUAUCAUAUUGGCGAAAGCACUCUUCCCUCCCUACGCCAUUUCUUCAAAUUUAUAGACUUUUACGAUACCUUCGAUGCUCACGGAUUUUACCACAAGAACGGCGCAGUUUUCCGACUCGCACAAGCUCAGCCUGAUGCCUAUACGGACUUUCUUGAAGCAGGCGGUCCUGAUGCGUACGCUUGGAACUUAGUCCGAUCAGAGUCCGACGAUUUGCUCUUUAGACACGCGGGGACCUGUGGUGCUCACAUCUUUGACGAAACCAAGGUCGACACAAUUCAAUUCGAACCACACAUUAGUGAAAGCUCAAAGCCAGAUAGUGAUGAUAACAAAAUAUUGAAUCCAGGACGACCUGUGUCUGCCACAUGGGUCCGCAAAGACGGCAGUUCUGGAUUCAUCGCAUUGAAGUACCUGGUGGAUGCUAGCGGGAGGAAUGGCAUACUGAGCACGAAGUAUCUUAAGAACCGGAAAUUUAACGAUAACUUCAAAAAUUUUGCAAACUGGGCUUACUGGAAGACUGACAAUCUGUACGGUCUUGGGACGCACAUGGAAGGUUCGCCGUACUUUGAGGCAUUAGACGACGCCAGUGGCUGGGCUUGGUUUAUGCCACUACACGAUGGCACUCGCUCCGUGGGAGUUGUUCAGGACCAGAAACUUGUGACUGAAAAGAAGCGAGAGCUAGGACGUCCCUCGACCUUGGACUUCUAUAAGCAGUGCGUCGAAAAGGCUCCCAGGACUAGCAAACUCCUCUCGGGAGCGGAGAUAGUCACCACUGUCAGAACGGCCUCAGAUUGGUCUUAUACCGCGUCAACUUAUCACAUACCAAAUGCACGCAUCUGUGGGGACGCCGGAAGUUUUAUUGACCCCUUGUUCUCCUCGGGUGUCCAUCUCGCUGUGACAGGCGGUCUCUCAGCGGCAGCUACCAUUGCAGCCUCGAUCAGGGGCGACUGUGAUGAGGAGACGGCGGGGUCGUGGCACUCCAAGAAAACGGUUGAGAGCUAUACUCGAUUCUUCUUGGCGGUUAGCAGUGCUACGAAGCAGAUCCGUGAACAGUAUGAGCCUAUUAUUCAAGACAUGGAGGAGGAAGGAUUUCAAAGAGCUUUUGAUCUUCUGAGACCAAUCAUUCAAGGUACCGUCGAUGCCGAUGAUACAGGGAAAAUAUCCCACUCCGAAAUAUCCAAGGCACUCGAGUUCUGCUUUAGGGCUUUCACAUAUGUCCCGCCAGAGAAGAAGGACGCACUGUUUGAGAAGCUGAAGAACCUUGGCGUUGGAUCCGGACAAAAGGACGCGAGAGAGGCAAAGAUACUGGAUGGCUUAGAACAACACCUUACAACGGACGAGCUACAAGUGCUGGAAAUACUACGAAGUAGGCGUAUGAUUCGUGAAGACCCCUUCGAGAUGGAUAGCUUCACCCUCGACACUAUCGACGGAAUGGCACCGAAUUUAGUACGGGGUAAACUGGGGCUUGUUAAAUCUAAUCAGGCCAAAAUCGAUAGGGCUCAUUUCUAUUCACCGCAAUUUCUGGACGGUAAGGCCCCGGGGAUUAGGGAUGAAAGCAUUUUUCUGCCUACGUCAAGGGUUCAACUUGCAUGA